GAAUGUGUGCCAGAAAUUGUAGACUUGAAGAAGAAAGUGUUCAGUGAGCUCGACAAACAUGUUGACGAAGGUGUUGUGAUGGCCAGCAGCAGCAGCUGCAUCGUUCCCAGUUCCUUUACCGAGAGCUUGCGCCAUCGCAGCCAGUGCAUCGUUGCACAUCCGGUGAACCCACCUCAGUACAUCCCCUUGGUGGAGAUCGUGCCAGCACCAUGGACGGCACCAGAGAUUGUGAAGCGCACGCGUGACCUGAUGCAGUCCAUUGGGCAAGCGCCCGUGACACUCAACAAGGAGGUCAACGGCUUCUUGCUCAAUCGCUUGCAGUAUGCCCUCAUCAUGGAGGGUUGGCGAUUGGUUCAGGAUGGUGUGUGCACGCCUGAAGAUGUUGACACUGCCGUGUCGCAGGGCCUUGGCCUACGCUAUUCGUUCAUGGGACCUUUUGAAGUCAUGCAUCUCAAUGCCGAAGGCAUAAAGGACUACUGCGAUCGGUACGGUGCAAACAUCACGCGUGUUUGUGAGACGCAAUGCUCGGCGCGUGAGAUGCCCGGUACAAGCACCUGCACGGCAGUGCACGAGGCAAUGUGUCGGCAAACUCCCGUCGAAGACUUACCGGCUCGCAGGCAGUGGCGUGACACUCGCCUUGCUGCGCUGGCAGCGCAUAAGCAGGAACUAGAGGACAAGGAGAAAAAAGCUUAGGAACUGCCUUCUGUCCUUGUCCUGUGCUCCACCACUUUCCUGAUGCCAUUAUCCCUGAAGUCGUGAUCCAUCUCUCAAAUCUAGUAGUACUUCAAAGUAGUAUUUUGUGUGUGUGAUGGAUGAUGCUGUUUUUGCGUUAGCACUUCAGCGUAUCUAUUCCUGUCCUUCAUCUUUCGUACUAUUCCUGUCCGUUGUCAAUUAAGUUCCGUCAAACGUAGGAAAUAUUCUAGCUUUUCUCUGUUCUUGUUCUUGAUUACGUCCUGCAAGUGACGUGCUGGCACGUAUUUGUGGACGAUCUUGGAUAUACAGUUCUCCAAGUA